CUUUGUCAACAAUGAGCAGCAGCGAUAGCGAUAAAGAAUCUCUAGCAGAACAGCCUGAGAAAAUUGCUGAAGAACAGCCAGAAGAACCUCAAGAAAAAGCCUUGAGUCACAAGGAGAGAAGAAAACAGCGUAGAGCCGAAGCAUUAGCGAAAGAAAAGCCAGAAGCUGAUACCGAGCAAUCUUCAGAGCAGAAAGAAGAUUCAGAGAAGACAGAGAAAGUAGAAAGCAGACCGCAGAGAUCAGCUUAUGCUGUAUGGAUAGGCAAUUUGUCAUUUAAGACUACAAGAGAGAGGUUAUUCGAGUGGAUAUCCACAAAUAUACAAGAAUCUGAGGAUGUUAUUACCAGAAUCAAUAUGCCAAAAGGUCAGAGAGCCCAUGAACACAAUAAGGGAUUCGCUUACGUUGAUAUUACAACUGAGGAUAUCAUGAACAAAGUUAUAGCUCAAUCUGAGAACAAUCUCGAUGGCAGAAAACUUCUCAUAAAAUCAGCAAGUGACUUCGGUGGUAGACCAAAGCCACAAUUGCCUGAGGGAGUAUCAAAUGAGAAUGAUUUGAGUAAAUUCAGUAAGAAAAUACUCAGCAGUCAACAAAACAAGCCAAACCCAACGUUGUUCUUUGGUAAUUUAUCAUUUGAAACCACAGAGGAGUCAAUAAAAAGCUGGCUUAUAUCCAACGCUGAGAAGUUACACACGCGUCAAAAACAGCAGCAAAAAGUUGACCAAGAAAGCAAAUUGGAUGUUGGUGUUAAAAGAAUUAGACUUGGUACUUUCCCAGACAGCGGUAAAUGCAAAGGAUGGUGCUUUAUCGACUUUAAGAAUACUACACAGGCAACGUCUGCAUUGUGUGAUUCACACAACCACAGAAUGUACGGAAGAGACCUUGUUGUACAAUUCGGACAAGAUAGAAGUGAGCAGAAGAAGCGUAAAUAUGAUAAGGAAGCUGAAAAGGAGGACACCAAUGAGCGCCCAGAUAACCGUAAACCAAAGCGUGCCAAACCUGGUGCUGCACUCGCGAACGCCCAGCGUUCAGAGAAAGCCAGUGGUGCUAUCAAUCAACCAUCCGCUGGUACAAAGAUCACAUUUGAUUAAAAUAAUAAUGGCUUUUUGUAGAUUUUUUAAUUUAU